AUGGCUAUUGCUGUGACUAAUAUUACCGGAUCAAUCAGCUUGUCCAUAUCUGAUGCGGAUUCAUUAACUCAUGGUGCAGGCACCAUACCGGAAUCAGUGUACACAUCCACUCUGUCUAUGACCAAUCCCAGUGUCUCGGACAGCGGAGAAGAGUCGGGAGAGUCGGCAUCGAGUCAACCGCGUUCCAUCUCGGGCACGGAAGUGUAUUCGGAAAAUGUGGUACACCCCUAUAUACAAACAACAUCAACAACAACAGAAACAACUCGAGAAUGUCAUUCCGGUGAAAUUCUGAUACCUGAUGGUGGACAUCGGACACCGGAUGAUGCUCAAUUUUCUCCAAAUGUGGCGCAUCUCUCCACGGCUGGGGGAGAGACAGAAAAUGCUGGCAGUUUACGAUGGCGCCUCCGCAAUACAAAACUAUUUAUUGGCCAGAUUCCGCGUAGCAUGCAAGAAGAAGAUAUUCGAUCGAUUUUUGAACCGUUUGGUCCAAUUUACGAUUUGUUGGUACUACGUGACAAACUAACUGGAAUGCAUAAGGGUAAGUUGCUGGGGGAUGCUGGGAGGAGCAUAGUGACCAUUUUUGGUUAUGACUGUCUUGGAGUGAGUCAUGUUCCACGAUUGUCCACCGAGUAG